CACAGUUCCGCAAGUCUAGUCUGUUUGUGUUUUGACGUUUUUUGUGGAGAGCUUUUCAGACCACCACACAAGUCCAUAACCUGCUGUCGAAGACUGCCAACACCUCGGAUAAAAACGGGAGACAACAUGGCAUCAGACUCUCCACGCAGACCGAGUCGCUGUGCUGGAGGAGUUCUGGUGCGAGCACAAGCGGCUACGGAGCAGUCUUACAUGGAAAGUGUGGUGACCUUCCUACAAGAUGUGGUCCCUCAGGCAUAUACUGGGGCUCCGCCAACUGAUGAAAAAGAGAAAAUCAUUUGGGUUCGAUUUGAGAAAGCUGACAUCAACGACACUGCUAGGAACCCAGAGUUUAUGGAGAUGCACAGUGGCACCAGUGACCCUCCUCUUUGCCUCAUGAUCGGUUACACUGACGGGAUGCAGAUCUGGAGUUUAUCUUUGGCAGGGGAGGCCCAAGAGCUGUUCUCUGUGCGCCAUGGUCCAGUGAGAGCUGCUCGCAUUCUGCCAGCCCCUCAUAUCAGUCCUCAGAAGAUGGACAGUUUUGCUGACAAGAGGCCCCUGCUGGGAGUUUGCAAGAGCACAGGGUCCUCUGGGACAAGCCCCCCUUACUGUUGUGCUGACCUGUAUUCUCUACGGACAGGGGAAAUGGUCAAAUCAAUUCAGUUCAAGACACCCAUCUAUGAUCUACACUGCAACAAACAUAUUCUUGUUGUCAGCCUACAAGAGAAGAUUGCAGCAUUUGACAGUUGCACUUUCACCAAGAAGUUCUUUGUUACAAGCUGCUAUCCCUGCCCCGGCCCCAGCCUCAAUCCAAUAGCUCUGGGAAGCCGCUGGCUAGCCUACGCUGAGAACAAGUUGAUCAGAUGUCACCAGUCUCGCGGCGGAGCUUGUGGUGACAAUGCACAGUCCUAUACAGCUACAGUGAUUAAUGCUGCCAAAACUUUAAAGACAGGCCUAACGAUGGUGGGUAAGGUUGUAACCCAGUUGGCAGGCACCCUACCAGCAGGCACUCCAGACGAGGAGGGCACACCUCACAGCGUGAGCCGCCGCAGCCCCCACAACCCCGGUGUGGUCACCAUCAUUGACACACACAGUGUUGGUGAAGGACAGGUCUUGGUGAGUGAGGACUCGGACGGAGAGGGAGUUGUGGCUCACUUCCCAGCUCAUGACAAACCCAUAUCCUGCAUGCAAUUCAACCCCAGUGGAAUGCUGCUAGUGACCGCCGACACUCUGGGCCACGAUUUUCACGUCUUCCAGAUCCUCACUCACCCAUGGGCGUCCUCGCAGAGUGCUGUUCACCAUCUCUACACACUGCACCGCGGGGAAACUGAAGCCAAGGUCCAGGACAUGUGUUUCAGCCAGGACAGUCGCUGGGUAGCCAUCAGCACCCUUCGCGGCACCACCCAUGUAUUUCCUAUCAACCCAUAUGGCGGCGCACCUUGUGCCCGCACGCACAUGUCCCCACGCGUAGUCAACCGAAUGUCUCGCUUCCAAAAGAGUGCCGGGCUGGAGGAGAUUGAACAGGAGCUAAACAGAGCAGCUGCCUUAGGAGGAGGAGCGGGAGGAGGAGGCAUAGGAGGAGGUGGCUGCAUCCUGGGCGGAGGAGGAGGCAUCGGAGGCCGCUGCAGCCCCAUACCUGGUCUGUCCAGCAGUCCAUCGGGGUCUCCGCUGCAUGCCAAGCUGAGCAGCCAGGAUUCGUACAACAACUUCACCAAUAACAACAUGGGGAACCCGCGGCUGUCCCCUCUACCCAGUCUCACUGUGGUGCUGCCUCUGGCUCAGAUCAAACAGCCCAUGACCCUGGGCACCAUCACCAAACGCAGCGGCAAAGCUAAGCCGCCCCCUCAGAUCUCACCAAGCAAGUCCAGUGGGGGAGAGUUUUGUGUGGCCGCCAUCUUUGCCUCAUCUCGGUCUUGGUUCAUCACUAAUCCCAACCUAAAAAGAGAGAAAGAUCAGUCCAGGCAGUCGGUGGUUGACUCACUGUACAUCCUCAGUUGCUACGGUAACUUGGUGGAGCAUGUUCUAGAGCCUCGGCCAAUAAGUACUGCUCAAAAGAUAAGCGAUGAUACACCUUUGGAGCUCAGCACCUGCCCAAGGGCCUGCUGGACUCUAGCCAGAACUCCACAGUGGAAUGAGCUGCAGCCACCCUUCAACUCCAACCAUCCCUUGGUGUUGGCCUCUGACCUGGUGCAGUACUACCAGUAUCUUCUUGCUGCGAUGCCCCCAGGGAGCCCAGGCCCAAUCACACGUCACGAGUCAUCAGACAGCCUGGCGUCCGACCACAGUGGACAGGAGGACGAGGAGUGGCUCUCUCAGGUGGAGAUUGUGACCCAUACAGGGCCCCACCGGCGCCUGUGGAUGGGCCCCCAGUUUCAGUUUAAGACGAUUCACCCUUCAGGCCAAACCACAGUCAUCUCAUCCUCCUCCUCAGUGCUUCAGUCCCAGGGCCCCACUGACGUCCAGCAGCCUCUCUUGGACUUUGACACGGACGACCUGGACCUGCACAGCCUCAGGAUCCAGCCGGUGCGGUCAGAGCCAGUCAGCAUGCCCGGCUCGUCACGGCUGGUGGCUGAUCGCCGAGGACAGUCCAACAUCAUGGAUGCAGGAUCAGGGCCUUUUGAUGGGCGUGGUGUGACCCUGCUGGAGGUAUGUGGUAGCUGGCCGGAGAGCUUUGGCGUGCCGCGACACAACAUCGGUUCAGCAGAUGCCAGCGACGAAGGCCUCCGAGAGAGACUGGCCGACGCCAUGUCCGAGUCCCCCUCUAGGGAUAUAGUGGGAUCUGCUACAGAGCUGCAGAGGGAGGGCAGCAUCGAGACCCUCAGUAACAGCUCGGGUUCCACCAGCGGCAGCAUCCCGCGCAACUUCGAGGGCUACCGCUCCCCUCUGCCCACCAACGAGAGCCAGCCACUCAGCCUCUUCCCCACCAACUUCCCCUAGAGUCCCACCUCUCCUUCAGCAAGAACCACCGCCGUCCAGCCCACCCGCACGCCUGCCCGCCUGCCCCCCCACCCCCCCCACCCCCCUCAUCUGUCCACACACAGCAUCACACUGUGACACACUGAUGUGUUGAACUGAAACCAAAUCGUGUCUAGGAUUUGUGUUUCUGUGUACAGUGUGUGUUAUUUGUUCUCAUACAUCUAGUCACAAAUCAGUGUGAUCCCAGAUACAUACAGUAUUAGUAUUUUAUGUCUUGAGUUGGAUUUGAAGGCUGAUAUUUUUAUGGCUAAAGUUUGUGCAGAUUGCCAAUAAUUUUAAAUUUGACCAUUUUAAUGUCCAAAUCAUUCCAAAAAAAGAGAAUUAUUUAGCGUUUACCCUGAAAUUGCCUUCAUGUCAGGUUGAAAACACCUGGACAAAUUCACUGUAAACCAAACUAACGUUGUUUACAGUUAACAGCAAUUAACCAAAUCUAAAAAGUGCAGAUAAACUGCAGUUUCACUGUUUUGACAUGGCUGUGAUCGGAGAGAAUUUCCUUUAUUUUCAAAAAAUGAUAUUUCGUAAGAGACCAGUAUCAGUCCCAGACUUCAGUCUAACCCUGCUUUGUUAGGUUGUGUUAAAUCACCUCUCAGAUGCCAGUUGACACAAACGUUGUUGGAAACCAGCCAUCCUCUCCUGUCUGCAGUCUUCGCGUGUGCGUUUGAAGUUUUACAGUGUGCCUAUUGUCUGAAUGAGCCAUAAGAAAGGGAGCGCCGACAAGAGGAAAAAUGUUUAUUCCAGUCAGUGACGUGUAGCAGCUCCUUUUCCCUCCGUGUGUGUGUGUGUGUGUGUGUGUGUGUGUUGCUGCUCUCAUGGCCUCUCUCUAAAUGUUUUUGAUUUAAUUUGGUCCUUUCAUGCCUUUGAUUUUCACAUAAUUACAUUUGACAAAAGAUGCAGUAAUGAGAUGACACUAUUACUACGUUGCUGAAGUAAUUUAGAUGUUUACAGUGUAAUUGAGAUAUGUUUCUGAAAUCAUUUAGAUAUAUUCCCCACUCGGCCUUUCCAGAUAGUAAAUUUUAAUUGAGCGGAGUAAUAGAGGCUUAUGUAGCCGUCAUGCUGUAUUUUGUACAUUAGCAACUUUUGACCAAAAUCUUUUUCCUGUGUCUAGUUAAGAUCUCUAAACUGAAAAAUGUAUUUUCCUUAACUGUACUAGCUUUUCCCAGCGUGAAGAAGACUGACUUUGAUAAUCAGAAAUUCCUCUAAUAAACACAAUUUGCCUGUUACUUUAUGCUACGCAGAAUGUUUGAGCUGGUGAAAAAUAAUAUGCACUAUUUACAAAGAGUCACCUUAGAGAAGAUAUAAAAUAGAUAAAAGUAGUGUACAAUCCCACAUGUCUGAGUGUUUGUUGGACUGGCUGCUUGUCAUGAAGGCCUGAUGCUGCUCGGUCACUGAAUGAGGGCAUGAAUCCACUCGUCUUAAUUCAGAGCAAAUGCUUGUUGUUGACAGUAGGAUUUUAUUUGUAAAAUACUGACUUCUUUUCCCAGCAUUCAUGCAAGAGAAACAUAAUAAAACUCGAGGAAAUGGAA